UCAGCUCCGCGACCCGACGUUCACAACCGCUGCGCCGAAGGCCGGCUGCCGGACUGGCGCGCGCGUCAUCGGUGCUGCCCGAGGUGUUGGGGGUCGGGGCUUGUGGACCCUCCCAGUCACCACCGAGCCGUGGCUUCCGGAACUGACGCGCUUUUGAGGACUGGACCAGUGACCGGAGGUCUAGCCCACCGUCUGGCGCCUGGCCGAGUCUACUUGGGUCCUAGUGGUCCUCUAGUUAACCAUCUUUGGUCCCAACACACCCACCGUGCUUGCGCUGUCUGUCCACACAAUGCGCGCUGUGGCUGGGCCCCUCCAAACCCUGCGCCGCUCUCCUUGAUAACCCUUGGCUGUCACGACUCUCCUCCGGUGAUCACUCCACGGCUAUAACCACCCUCCCGUCCCUCACCGCUCCUAAUCGAGACCCCUUCUGGCUGUGAUCCCUCUUGGCCCAGCUUUCUUGAGCUUUAAGCCCUCCUACGCUGCAUCUCUUGUCUCUCCCUUUGGCGACAUCACGCCUCCCGGGUGAGGCUCGCCCUCCAGCUGGUCACCCCUCCACUUAGGUCACUUCUCUCCUCGCCUCCCUCUUCUUUGCCUGUUGCUCCGUCUCGCUCUUGAGCUACUUUCUUAGCUGUACCACCAACCUCGUUGAACUGUUAGCCAACUUAACACUCUGGUCUCCUCCCCCACCCCCAGCCGCGCUGUCCCCGCGUGGCUGCUCGAUCCCUAACUGUGCCACUCAAUUCCCCCCCCCCCCCCCCACCCCUCUCACCCCCACCCCGGGCCACAGUUGUGGGUUCCUCUUAGACCACGUGAGGGCUGUUUACAGGAGACGGAAGCACACAGAGAGAGCAGGCGCUUCUGGAAAACAACUUGUUUGGGAGCACAGAGUUCUGGAGUCCCUUCCAAUAAGAGCGUUUGACUUGGAAAGGAGCUGGCAAGGCUGGAACUACAGCUGCCCUGCUGUAAAGGUUCCGGUAGAGCAGUUUGUCUCAGCCUGUCUCCUGUUCGCCCUCCACAUUGCUUUGCUCAGUCAUGCAGAAAGAGGAAGAUGUCUGCCUUGAGGCUGACUAUUGUUUGGGUAGCACCCUGACCUCCUGGGGCCUGCAUUUCAUGGAGGAGCAGUCACAGUCCACCAUGCUGGUCGGGAUUGGAAUUGGAGCCCUCCUUACACUGGCCUUUGUUGGUGUUGCCAUCUUUUUUGUGUACAGAAGGGUGAGCAGAUUGCGACAAGCAGAGCCCACUCCUCAGUACAGGUUCCGGAAGAGAGAUAAAGUAAUGUUUUAUGGCCGGAAGAUCAUGAGGAAGGUGACCACGCUCCCUAAUACCUUGGUUGGGAAUACUGCUGCACCCCGGCAGCGAGUCAGGAAGAGAACCAAAGUGCUUUCUUUGGCCAAGAGGAUUCUGCACUUUAAGAAAGAAUACCCUACUUUGCAGCCCAAAGAGCCCCCACCCUCCCUGCUAGAGGCUGAUCUUACAGAGUUUGAUGUGAAGAACUCUCAUCUGCCAUCAGAAGUUUUGUACAUGCUGAAAAAUGUCCGGGUCCUGGGCCACUUUGAGAAGCCGCUGUUUCUGGAGCUUUGCAAACACAUGGUCUUUGUGCAGCUGCAAGAAGGGGAGCAUGUAUUCCAGCCUGGGGAGCCCGACACCAGCAUCUAUGUGGUUCAGGAUGGACGGCUGGAGGUCUGCAUCCAAGAUGCUGAUGGCACCGAGGUGGUGGUCAAAGAGGUUCUGCCAGGGGACAGUGUCCACAGCCUCCUCAGCAUUCUGGAUGUGAUCACUGACCCAGCCCUGUUGGAUGGCCGGGUGGCAUUUCUUCAUGUUCCUGCAGGCACCAUAGUGUCCAAGCAGGGAGAUCAGGAUGUCAAUAUCUUGUUUGUGGUCUCCGGGCUGCUGCAUGUCUACCAGCAGAAGAUCGACAGCUUGGAGGACACCUGCCUGUUCCUCACACAUCCUGGGGAAAUGGUAGGACAGCUGGCAGUGCUCACUGGAGAGCCCUUAAUGUUCACCAUCAAAGCCAACAGAGACUGCAGCUUCCUGUCCAUCUCGAAGGCACACUUCUAUGAGAUCAUGAGGAAACGGCCAGAUAUCGUCCUGGGCGUGGCACACACAGUCGUCAAGAGGAUGUCCUCCUUUGUACGGCAGAUUGAUUUUGCUCUAGACUGGAUGGAAGUAGAGGCUGGGCGAGCCAUAUACAGGCAAGGGGACAAGUCUGAUUGCACAUACAUCGUUCUCAGUGGCCGGCUGCGCUCCGUGAUCCGGAAGGAUGAUGGGAAAAAACGCCUGGCAGGGGAAUAUGGCCGCGGAGACCUUGUUGGUGUGGUGGAGACACUAACCCACCAGGCCAGAGCCACCACCGUGCAUGCUGUUCGGGACUCAGAACUGGCCAAGCUGCCAGCAGGAGCUCUGACAUCCAUCAAGCGCAGGUACCCACAGGUUGUAACCCGACUGAUUCAUCUCUUGGGUGAGAAGAUCUUAGGCAGUCUCCAGCAGGGAUCUGCAACAGGUCACCAGCUUGGGCUUCACACAGCAAGCAGCAAAUGGGACUUGGGGAACCCACCUGGCAACUUGUCCACGGUAGCAGCAAUGCCUGUAUCUGAGGAUGUGCCCCUAACUGCCUUUGCUCUGGAACUCCAGCAUGCCCUCAGUGCCAUAGGUCCCGUCCUGCUGCUGACCAGUGACAACAUCAAACAACGCCUCGGUUCUGCGGCUCUAGACAGCAUCCAUGAGUACCGGCUGUCUAGCUGGCUGGGGCAGCAGGAGGACAUCCACCGGAUUGUGCUCUAUCAAGCAGACAGCACACUCACACCCUGGACCCAGCGCUGCAUCCGCCAGGCUGACUGCAUCCUCGUUGUGGGUUUGGGUGAGCAAGAGCCAACAGUAGGCGAGCUGGAGCGGAUGUUGGAGAACACAGCUGUGCGUGCCCAGAAGCAACUAAUCUUGCUGCACAGAGAGGAGGGCCCGGGGCCCGCCCGCACAGUGGAGUGGCUCAACAUGCGGAGCUGGUGCUCGGGGCACUUACACCUGCGCUGCCCACGCCGUGUCUUCUCUAAGAGGAGCUUGCCCAAGUUGGUUGAGAUGUACACACGAAUUUUCCAACGACCACCAGACCGGCACUCAGACUUUUCCCGCCUGGCACGGGUGCUGACAGGCAAUGCCAUUGCCUUGGUGCUUGGAGGGGGUGGAGCAAGAGGCUGUGCCCAGGUGGGUAUCCUCAGGGCCCUAGCAGAGUGUGGCAUCCCAGUGGAUAUGAUCGGAGGGACCUCCAUUGGGGCUUUCAUGGGUGCUCUGUUUGCUGAGGAGCGGAGCUACAGCCAGAUUCGGAUCCGGGCCAAGCAGUGGGCAGAGGAUAUGACAUCGAUGGUGAAGACUAUACUGGACCUGACCUACCCAAUUACAUCUAUGUUUUCUGGAACUGGCUUCAAUAGCAGCAUCAGCAGCAUCUUCCGAGACCGGCAGAUUGAGGACCUGUGGCUCCCCUAUUUUGCCAUCACCACUGACAUCACAGCCUCUGCCAUGCGGGUUCACACAGAUGGCUCUCUGUGGAGGUAUGUCCGUGCAAGCAUGUCCUUGUCAGGCUACAUGCCCCCUCUCUGCGACCCCAAGGAUGGACACCUGCUGAUGGAUGGGGGUUACAUCAACAACCUCCCAGCGGAUGUGGCAAGAUCCAUGGGGGCAAAGGUUGUGAUUGCCAUUGAUGUUGGCAGCCGGGAUGAGACGGAUCUCACCAACUAUGGAGAUGCCUUGUCUGGAUGGUGGCUACUUUGGAAACGCUGGAACCCCUUGGCCUCAAAGGUUAAGGUGUUGAACAUGGCAGAGAUUCAGACACGCCUGGCCUAUGUGUGCUGCGUCCGGCAGCUGGAGAUGGUGAAGAGCAGUGAUUACUGCGAGUAUCUGAGACCUCCCAUUGAUAGCUACCGCACCCUGGACUUUGGCAAGUUUGAUGAGAUCUGUGAAGUUGGGUAUCAACAUGGGCGGACAGUGUUUGACAUCUGGGUUCGGAGUGGUGUGCUGGAGAAGAUGCUGCAGGACCAGCAGGGGACAAGCAAGAGGAAGGACUGUGGGGUGCUCACCUGCCCCAGUGCCUCCUUCACGGACCUCGCUGAGAUCGUGUCACGGAUUGAGCCGGCCAAGGUGGCUGCCGUGGACGAUGAAUCUGACUAUCAGACAGAGUAUGAGGAGGAGCUGCCAGACAUCCCCAAGGACACAUAUGCUGACUUCCAGAGCACUGGGAUUGAGUUGGACUCUGACUCGGAGGAUGAGCCUUCAAGGUGGCAAGAGCCCUCAGGCCUGGCUUUUCCAGAGCAGACCCAGGACUCCUGCCCUUGGCUUCCUGAUCAACAUGAGCAGGGGCCAAGACCUUAAUGCCUGCCUGGACUAAUACAGUACAGCACAGCCCUCCCCUGGGCCUGACCCCAAGACUGAGGAUGUGCCUGCUCCUUGGUGGCUACCUCAGUUGCCUGACAAGAUCAAGCUUGGUGGUGUAUCCAUCCGGUUUCUUCCAGGGACACAUGCUGUGUUAGAGGAGUCAUGGGCCUCUUCUCUUGGCUGACAUGCCUUAUGUCCCCACAGCAAGCAAUACCGAGGGGGCUCUGAAGCCUCUGUGAGGCGUGGGAGGAUGGGAUUGGCAUAUUAAUAAAAGUCAAUCUGAUUGUGUCAGUAUUGCA